AUCUUGCUCUCCAUGAAAAAGUAAAGUCAGACUAGGUGUCAAGAUUUUAAUUUGAGUGUGUGAAAUGUUAAGAGCAACAAUCGUCACUCAGGAAGCUGUUGAGGUGGACUGUGGUGAUGGCAGCUUCCUGUAGGUGCUGCAGGCUCCAUCAACGCUUUCAUUUGGUUUUUUCCUUUGAGCACACAAAUGUAAGCCAUAUACUGAUUACAGGUUGUAUGAUUGUAAAAGCCCCUUAAAUUAUACAGAUUUUUUAUCACUGGCCAAAGUACAUUUUGAAAAUGGCAACACGCCUUAGUUUGACUUGUUCUGACUGUCAUUUCAAUGGAUCAAUAACUGUCAGAUUGUCUUUUUUGUGACAUCAGACCUAAUACAAUAAAACGAUGACUUAACCAUAUAAUAGUAAUAACAAUAAAAUUUAUUUUAAUUUUUUUUUCUUGGCACUCAAGGACACCAUACAGACAUAUACAUAUAUAUGCAAAAUACACAUUAAAACAGUAAAAACAAUGCAAAACACUGAGCAAUUGGCGUAAGAUGGAAUAGGCAGUUUUAGACAGAUGUGUUUGGAGAUUUUAUGUUGGUUUACCACAAAGCCACUAGAUGUCACUAGAUUACUAAUGUAGCAUAAAACACCCGUUGAACUUUGCAAUGUAUGUUUAGACCGUCUUGGUCAUAAAUCAUGUGAGAAAAAAACACUUCUGAAUGUAAUUGAUGCAGAAUUAGUAACUUCUUCACACAUGAUCUGCACGUCAGCUCCUUCAGUAAGUAUAUAUCACUAUUCUUGUUCAUUUUCUUUUUAAUGCUAAGCUUGCUACACACACACACACACACACAUAUAUAUAUAUAAUAAAGGAAAGUCUUGCAUGGCUGACUUAUUGCCUUGCUUCCUUUCAACAGAGCUCCUCCCACUGCUCUUUAAAGUAUUCUCGGUCGAAAAUGAAAAUAAAUGGAGCUUCAUACCCUUUAAACAAAUUACAAUAAGUUAAUUGAGUUUGAACAGUUUCAACAACAAAUUUGUGUGACACUGUUUUGUCUUGAAUUGGAAAAAAGUGGCAGCUGUGUACAUAAAGUGGGUAAAUGAAAACCUUCCAGAGGGAGGACAGUUUACUGCUGACACAGUAAGUGAGACAGAGUAUAUCAGGAUUUGCAGGAUUCUCAGACAUGCUCUCGGUUCACCACUCCUUCUGCCUCAGCCUCCAUCCCUACUCAUCCUUCCUCCACUCCUCUUGUGUGUCCUGAAUGCUGUCCAACAGGCUAGACUGCCUGCAUAGCCUGCAACUGACUUUGGAUAGGAUCAGCUGUUUGUGUCUGCCUAUAUGCAUAAAUGUGUGGCCCACUGUUUCUGUGGGUGUUUCCCUGACAUUCCCUCUGCAACACUUUCAUGCAAUCAAACACUCGAGCGACUUUAGGACCCAGUGAGAGACAGGGGGCGCGGCAAUAUUUUUAAUCUGACCACAGAACCUGUUAGCUCACUCUUGCUUCCUCUAAGACAAAUCAUUCGUUCCCUCACAAUAGUUCUUUGAUGUGAGACUGAGCAAUAGAGAAGUGCUCCGUGUAGCAGCAGCAGCAGCAGAAGUGCCACAGCCCUGGACUUAAACUGUGACAACUCUACUCCAUGACCUGUGGACCAGGACCUUUGUGUCCUGACAUGCCUGUGAAAGGUGUCCAAUCCCAGGCAGUGUACAGCCAGCAAUGGAGCAGCAGGCCUGGAUACUGAGGGGCUUCCUGGCUCAGCUGGAGAGACAGGAGGCUGUUGACAAGGGGGCACUGAAUGGCAUUGCUGGGGAGUUUGCGAGGUUGAAAAAUCAGUCAACGAAGUACCGCACUGACAAGACCUACCCCUCCAAGACAGCAGAAAAAACGGAAAACAUCAAGAAGAACCGAUACAAGGACAUUCUUCCCUUUGACCACAGCAGAGUAAAGCUCACUCUCACCACAGCUAAAAAUGACACAGACUACAUCAACGCCAGUUUCAUCAAGGGAGUGUCGGGUUCCAGGGCUUACAUUGCUACUCAGGGUCCUCUGCCACACACAGUAGUGGACUUCCUGAGGAUGCUUUGGGAAUACAACAUACAGGUCGUAGUGAUGGCCUGUCGAGAAUUUGAGAUGGGGAAGAAAAAAUGUGAGCUCUACUGGCCUCAGAACCAACAGGACACAUUUGUUUGUGAACCUUUUACAGUUAACUGUGUCUCUGAGGAAAAUAAAGGAGACUAUCUGUCAAGGACGUUAAGGUUGACUUACCGCAAUUGUAGCCGAACUCUGAAGCAGCUUCAUUAUGUCAACUGGCCAGAUCAUGGUGUCCCAGACUCCAUCCCUCCCAUUCUGGACAUGUUGCAUGAGAUGCGCUCCCAUCAAGCCCAUGAUGACAUCCCUAUUUGUAUCCACUGCAGUGCUGGUUGUGGUAGAACAGGAGCCCUCUGUGCCAUUGAUUAUACCUGGAACCUCCUCAUGAAACAGAUGAUCACUUCAGAUUUCAAUAUCUACAGUUUAGUUGAAAAUAUGAGAACCCAGAGGCCCUCUUUGGUUCAAACCAAGGAACAAUACGAGCUAGUCUACAGAACCAUCAAGCUACUGUUUCAGAGAUAUUUGCAGUCCAUGGAUGCACAGUCCUGCCAGAACAAGGUGACAAUGGUCCAGUCUGCUGACAUCACUGAGAGUGAGUUACGUGACCUGCGUGAAGAGUUUGAUUUGAUGCCACAGUUCCAGCACCUGCUCGACGAGGAGAGGGAAUUUCUGCCACAGCACCUCACUCCUUUGCCCUCAGCUUCAGAAAAUCUCAUUGCCUUGAAAACCAAGGACUUGCAGAGGGACCAGCAACAAUGGCACCUACUCCAGACCAUUCCUAAGGAUCUGGCUAUGAUCCAGGAACUCAGUGAGGGACCCAGGACCUCACCUAAACUGGUGGAUACAAACCCAAGAGCACCUUUUGUGGAGGAGAGGAUGCAGGAGAAUAAUGACAUACCAUCACUGAACCCUCCUCCGUCACAGGCUGUAGCUACGGCCAUUUGUCUGAUGUUGGAGGACCCCAACUUUGACACUCCUGCAACCUCCCCUUUGUCAGAGGAUGCACCUAUAGACCCCACAGAAGACUCCAAACAGUGGACAAUUAGUCCCGUCGUCAGCUCACCUUCAUUGUUUCUGAAUGACCAGACUCUGGAGCUUGACUCUACUACCUCAGGUACUAUUAAAGCUCAUUCUGGUGAGGAGAUGCCUCCUCCACUACCUGAACGAACCCCAGAAUCCUAUGUGCUGGCGGUGGAUGCAGUGCCCUCAGAUCCCAGUGAAAGGUUAUCGGUGAUAAUUCCACCCAAUGCUGCAGCUGCGGCUGUCAGGGAGUCGGGAGGCAGCCCCCCAUCACCUGUCCCCCCACUUCCAGAGAGAACCCCAGAAUCAUUUGAGUUGGCUGUUGAUCAAGCUCCUGUGGAGCAAAAGUCAGAGGUCAUGCCGACAAUAAAUCUGAGCAGAUUAGGACUGUCUUCUGAAUGGUCCGGUGCCUCAAAGCCAGCUGCCACUACAUAUGAGGAUGAGACGAAACCUUUUCUGAGGAGUAAGAGCCUGAGAGCAAAAAUGACCUUCACAGCUCUAUUACCAGCAAAAAAUUGUGAUCGCGCACCAAACACAACUUCAAACUUCCACCACUGCUCUGUGCCAGUGGACCCAGUGACUCCUCCACAGCUUCUUCAAACUGAGGACAGACUGACACCUCCCAUUCCAGAGAGAACCCCAGAAUCCUUCAUUCUCACCACAGAAGAGAUUCAUGAGAACCCCCCCCUUUGCCCACAGCCCUUAGAAGCAACAAAGUCCUUGCCGAGGGUGGGGAUGUCAUCUGAAUGGGAUGGCACCUGUCAGCCCAAGAACUUAUUUGAUGCUGUAAUGAGCAGGAGCAAGAGUGUUCGAGCUAAAGGUUCAAAACAAGUAUCCUUCACCGCAGUAGAGCAGCUCGCUCCACCUCCUGUGGUCACGGCUGAAGGAGGAAGUGUGGAACAACAUGAUGUGAACCGCAGACCCUCGCUGAACACUGAGACAUCAGGAAACAAAUCAGACAAAAGCAACGACAAGGGCAUGUCUAGAACAAAGAGUCUGAAAUUUUUCAGACACAAACCAAAACCUAAAACAGCACCUCCACCUCCUCCUGCUCAACCUGGAGCUCCAUCCCAAUCAAAUAGUGCCUCAUCUUCAGUGUUCAAAUUUGGAUUUGGGAUCCGUUUUGGAAAACCAAAAGGCCCCAGGACUUAUCCAGAUACCUGGGUCUGAGGCAGUCACUUAUUUCCAAAUAUCAUGAGUGGAGCUGCUAAUGAUGGAAGAACUAACAAUCAAAAGGAGCACAGUAGCGCACCCAACAGAGAACAAACAACAAGCGCCUUGUUACCUGCUUUGAUCCAUUAUGUACAAUUUAUGAACCGAGGCUGAUUUUAAUUACCGACUUGGGCUUCAUCAAACAACACGGACAGCCACCCAGACCAGUGACUUGGACAUUUAAAAACUCAGGAGUCUCAGCCUCUUGAAAAAUUUGCCUGCAGAAGUGGGAAGCCUGCAGUGAGAAUGUUUUACGCUUCUUGUUUUAAUGCUCAAGGCGAUGCUGUUAAGCUUGGUGUACGAGGAAUAUAUUUACAUAUGUAUUUGUGUGCCUUUGUGUUUUCGGCAUGAAAAAAGAAAACGGGUAUAGGAUUGCUUCUAUUUCAUCAUCACCUCAGUUUUUCUGUUAUAAAGACAACAGACUACAUCAUUCAGUGUACCAUGUCAUUUAGUUUGGUUUCUAAGCCGCAAUUUACAUGUCCACCUGUAUAUGUAAAAGCAUCAACAGCACCUUGAACUGAUAUCUUCAGGUACAGAGAAUGUAAUGUUUACUGAAUAUGCAUAUGAUGCAAUGGUACAGUUAAACUGUAUAACAUACACUGGUUACACAUGAAAUUAUUUAUUAAAAAAUACUGAAAGUCAA